GUUGUUGUGAAAUUAGGGCGGCCUUGGUGUUAUCGUUUAACUUUGAACAUCGAUAAGGAACUGAAUAAAGCUCAGUAACUGGCGUAUAUUGAUUAGACCUACUUGAUCGUGUUCAACAGACCAGUGGCGUAUAUAAACCAUUAUUAUAUUGUGUUCUGUAGGCGAGAAUCACAAACGUGUUAUUUUCUAUCAUAAUGACCGAGAAAGUUGAAGUCGUCGUGAAACACGCAGCCAAAACUGUUGGAGAGGGACCACAUUGGGUGGACAAGACACAGAGCUUAUUGUAUGUGGAUAUUUUCUCGAACGAUUUGCACCAUUGGAAUCCUGCUACUAACAAAACGUCCAGCUUGCACUUCGAUGAGUAUGUUACAUUGGUAGUUCCAACCGAGAAGGAUGACGAAUACAUCAUUUCACAGGGCAGCAAAUUAGCUAAAUUACAAUGGAGCAGCAAGAAGGUAGAGGUCCUCCAUGAAGCAGGGGCUGGUGUCCGGUAUAAUGACGGGAAAUGUGAUCCCCGUGGAAGACUGUUGGCUGGAACCAUGGGAUUAGAAACAGCACCUGCUGUUUUGCCACCUGGCAUGGGAAAUUUGUACAGUCUGGAUAUUCAAGGAAAAGUUACCAAGCUAGCCUCGAAUAUUACGUUGUCAAAUGGCUUAGCUUGGACUGCUGAUACUAAAAAAUUCUAUUUCAUCGAUUCCACUCCACGAAAAGUGUACCUAUUUGAUUAUAAUGCGGAUAAUGGACAAGCAACUAAUCAACGCACAGUGAUCGAUUUUGCAGAUUAUGACGAUCUUGGUUUACCAGAUGGAAUGGCCAUAGACACCGAGGACAAGAUAUGGAUCGCAUGUUACAGUGCCGGCAAGGUUGUUCGUUUCGAUCCAGAAACCAAGAAGCUUUUGAAGGUGGUCAAGAUUGACGCCAAGCAAACCACGUCCGUUUGUUUCGGAGGACCCAAUCUAGAUGAACUGUAUGUAACGUCAGCUGCAAUGGGUCUGACCGAGGAAGAGUUAAAAGCUAAAGAUCCCCUUGCCGGGUCAAUAUUUAAAGUGACUGGUUUAGGAGUUAAGGGUUAUCCUGCAGUGAACUAUAAAGGUUAAAGUGGGUUGCGAAUGAUUUUAUAAAAAAAAAUAAUGCUAAUGUCAAAAUAUGCCAAAUGGGUUGAACUUUUUCAUAUAAAAAAUAUAACGGAGGAACGUUGCUGAAAACGUUUAAAGAUUUUUCUGCAAACCUUCUUGGCUUGAGAAUGAUACACAUGAUUUGAGAGAUUCUUUGGGAAUAUCCUAACUAUACUAAUAUAUGCAAACAUGGUCUGAACCGUCUGUGGUUAGUAUUGCUUUUAUUACAGCCAAUCAGACGUUUCAAAUAGAUUAUUAAAUAGUUUGAAAUUAGUAAGGGUGAGAGUCGGCGCUGGGUCGACUCUCGGAAGCACUGGCACAGGCAUCAGAAUUUUUCUUACCUUGAGAUGGACCCGAAUCCACGGAACCUAAAGCAGGCGACAAUCCAACAGUUUGACAACAGUCUUUCGGGUCGUUCACUGGUUGGGAGCCAGGGCGGAUUUUAUACCGAGGUAUUUGGACAAACACGGCACCCCCGCCCUUUCCCUAUAUUACUGAAAUGGUUUUUGCUUCACAUUGUUAAUAAUACAACUGACGAUGUUCAAUAUGCCGUAUUGUUUUGUUUACAGUUAUAAUAAAUAUUUAAACAG